CAACCUCUAACGAGCCUCUACCCCGGAUCCGGGAGCACCCCCCACCCCCCCCACACUGAUUAGCAUCGCUAGCAUAGCGUCACAAUUAAAUAGUAGCAUCUAAAUAUCAUUAAAUCACAAGUCCAAGACACCUAAUGAAAGAUACAGAUCUUGUGAAUAAAGCCACCAUUUCAGAUUUUUAAAAUGUUUUACAGGGAAGACACAAUAUGUAAAUCUAUUAGCUAAACACGUUAGCAAAAAUCACCAUUUUUCUUUGUCCACCAUUUUCUCUCAACACCAGUAGCUAUCACCAAUUCGGCUAAACUAAGAUAUUAAUAGCCACUAACCAAGAAAAAACCUCAUCAGAUGACAGUCUGAUAACAUAUUUAUGGUAUAGGAUAGGUUUUGUUAGAAAAAUGUGCAUAUUUCAGGUAUAAAUCAUAGUUUGCCAUUGCAGCCAGCAUCACAAAUCUCACCAAAGCUCCUAGAAUUACUACAGAGAGCAACUUGUAUUACCAAUUUACUCAUCAUAAAACAUUUCUUAAAAAUACACAGCACAUAGCAAUGGACAGACACAGAUCUUGUGAAUUCAGACAACAUUUCAGAUUUUCUAAGUGUUUUACAGCGAAAACACAAUAAAUCGUUAUAUUAGCAUACCACAUACGCAAACGUUACCCGAGCACUGAUUCUAGCCAAAGAGAGCAAUAUCGUAUCAUCGCCAAAAUAUAUUAAUUUUUUCACUAACCUUCUCAGAAUUCUUCAGAUGACACUCCUGUAACAUCAUAUUACAACAUACAUAUACAGUUUGUUCGAAAAUGUGCAUAUUUAGCCACCAAAAUCAUGGUUAGACAAUGACAAAAGUAGCUCAGCUGGUCAGAAAAUGUUGUGCACCAUAUUAGACAGUGAUCUAGUCUUAUACAUAAAUACUCAUAAACUUGACAAAAAAAUACAGGGUGGACAGCGAUUGAUAGACAAUUUAAUUCUUAAUACAAUCGCGGAAUUACAUUUUUUAAAUUAUCCUUACUUUUCAAUACAGGUUGCGCCAAGUGAAGCUAUAGCAAACAAGAUGGCGGCAUAAACGUUUAACAUUUAUCGACAGAAACACGAUUUAUCAUCAUAAAUUGUUCUUACUAUGAGCUGUUCUCACAUCAGAAUCUUUUUUCUUUUAUUUUUUUGGGGGGGGGUGGAUCAGCUUAAUAUUGCGGAAAGAAUGUUGCUUCCAAUGUAAUUGUCUGCAUUAUUUCCAAUCCCCCAUAUUUUUUGGGGUAAAUAUAUAUAUAUCCAUUCACGUAUGCAUACAUAUACACAUAUAUACAUACACAUACCUACAUAGACAUACAUACUUUUUUUAACCUGUCUAGGAUGAGGGUGCCGCUAGCGAUACGUUUCACAAGAAAAAAAAAGAAAAUGGCGGAAUGUCAUAAUUAUAAAUAUUUAGCUUCAAUUAAAUCAGAAGUGUUAUACACAAUAUCAAAUCUAUACCUCUUGUUAAUCUAGCCAAUAUGUCCGAUUUCGAAAAGCUUCACUACAAAAGCGAUUAUCGAUCAGUAAACAACACAUUAGGUACAGUUACAACAAAGUACAUUAGUCACAAAAGUCAGAAAUAGGAAAUUUUCUUCUUUUGGCAAUCCUAAAGGUCACGACGAAACAAUCAAGUGGCUUUUUGAUCGAUAUAAUCCAUUUUUAUAGCCUAAAACGAAACAUUUUGUGAACGGCUUGUGUGGAAAAUUCAGCGUCCAUCAACUUUGGACGUAACAUUCAUUGUAAUUACUCACUCUAAAGGGACGUUUAUCAAGUCAAGUUCGGUUUCAUUAGAAUCCUCUGUUUGUUAGUAAUACAACCAAACUUCCUGGUUCUUUUCCCGGGACAUAUUGACCGAAGAAAUUCGAUCUGAACACACCUACCAGCUACGUCAUUACGCGCCAAUCGAUUGACCUGUCCUUCGUUGAUUGACUGUAUCUCGGUCCAAUGACCACUGAUCUUUUUGAAAUCUAGCUGGAUAGAUAGCCAAUGAGCAGAGGUACAUAGGGAUAUCAAAUGGUUCUACCCGGAAAUAAUAGGCAUCUUUGUAAAGCCAUGCGUGUACGCAGCUAUUCCCCAUUGAAAAUCAGACAAUAAGGAGCUCGCCGUUUUACGCGCCGCGAAAGUUUGUUUUGGAGCAUUUUCAAGGAUCAAUUAUGGCAAAUAAAUCAGCCAAAUCAAAGACCAAGACGAAGUACACAGAUGUGCACGAUAUAAUUAGUGAAAUUGACCGUGAAAGUGAAAAUGAACAUCUAAUUGAUUCCAGUGAGGUUGAAUCCGUUGAUUCCGAAUUCGAAGACAUGUUUCUACACGGUGAAGACCCAGUUUUGGAUCGUCGCAGCGAUUCUGAUUGGGAGCCAAGCUGCAAAUCCCCCACUGAAGCUGGUCCAUCCAGCUGGACCCCUGCUGUAUCCGGCACCACACCUACUCCCGCCCGGCCAUCAAGGGGUGGUAAGCCGGCGGCAAGGAAGCGGAGGAAGGGCAGCGUGGAACCGUCCAGCGUGGAACCUGCCAGAGCGGAGGAGGACCGUUGGCACACUGUUCUUGAGGAGGAUGUGGCCCCACCAACUCCACUUUUCCGCCCAAAACGCCCAGUAGGCCCUCAAUUGGACACCACUUCUAAAUACAGCCCCAUGCAACUUUUCCAGUUGUUCUUCACCUCGGCAGUUCUUGAUACCCUGGUGAUGAACACUAAUAAAUAUGGGGCUAAGAAGACAGAGAAAUGGAAGGACAUUUCCAUUUCAGAACUGUUUUGCUACCUGUCUAUGGUCAUUUACAUGGGGGUGGUGAAGCUGAAGAACCUCAAACACUACUGGAAAACUGCACCACUCUAUCAACUGCCUUUCCCCUCAACGGUCAUGUCUUGUACUAGGUUUCUGACAAUUUCACGGGCACUUCACAUUAGUGACCCAGAGGUUGAUAAGGACAACGAGGCGAAACGAGGCACAGCAGGCUUUGACAAACUAUGCAAGAUUAAACCUCUCUACCAUGAUAUCGUUGAGGCAUGCAAGACAUAUUUUCAGCCCGCCCAGAACCUUUCCAUAGAUGAGAGAAUGGUAGCCUCAAAGGCCAGAAUUGGCCUAAAACAGUACAUGCGCAACAAACCCACAAAAUGGGGUUACAAGCUGUUUGUUUUGGCCGAUUCUGCGUGUGCAUACACGUGCAAUUUUUUUGUCUAUGAGGGGAAGAACACUUGUGCGAGCGGUAAGGGACUCAGUUAUGAUUCUGUGAUGCAGUUAUUAGAUUUCCAGCUGCUGGGGAAGGGCUACAAACUAUUUGUAGACAACUUCUACACAAGCCCUACCCUGUUCACAGACCUGAGGAAGCUGGAGAUGUGGGCCUGUGGCACCAUUCGGACCAACCGAGUGGGUUUUCCAAAAACCAGGGUAAAUGACAUGCCUAAGCGGGCUGAGCGGGAUACCAUGAGAUGGAUCCGUGAAGAUGGCCUGCUGUUUGUGAAGUGGAUGGACACUCGCGAAGUGGUGAUGUGUUCCACUAUUCACAAGUCGUUCGGUGGGGAUCACGUUGUUCGACGUUUGAAAGGUCCUACAGGCGCUUGGACUGCCAGAAAUGUCCCCAUUCCAGAUGCUGUGAGGGAUUACAACAAGAGCAUGGGGGGUGUAGACCUAUCCGAUGCACUGAUAGGAUAUUAUAACGUCCUUCAUAAAACCAUGAAGUGGUACAAAACACUAUUCUAUCAUUUCAUUGACAUUGCUGUGGUGAAUUCCUUCAUCCUCCAGAAGGAAAUGGCCAAGAGCUGUGGACAGCCCCCCAUCUCACAGCUACCCUUUAGGGAGCAGCUCAUCCAGGAGCUUGCUAACUACAGCAAGAACACUGUAGCACCUUCUGUCCCCUCUACCUCUGUCCCUUCUGCUCCAACCAGCGGCACGCACAUGCUGAAGUUCAUCAUUGCAGGCAGGGAUGUGCCUCGGGGGAAAAGGGGCACAGUAGGGCGGCUUCGUUGUGCCCUGUGCCACAAGAAGUCCCCUGUCACCUGCAACACCUGUGCUGUGACCCUCUGUUUCACACCAGAGAGAGACUGCUAUGGGAUAUGGCAUCAGGAGCGCAACAUUGUGUAGAGGACAGAGUCUUCACAUGAUUGAACAUUUGAAGUGUAAAUAGUUCCCCUUGUUAUUUUAUUUUAUUUUUUUAAAUAUUCAUUUUUUUCCUUGAAUUUUUCAAAUAUAUAUUUUUUGGGGUAUGUUACAAUAAUUGUUUUGUAUUUUGUAUAUAGGUUUUGUAUCAUUGUAUCAUUGUACCAAUUCGGCCACUUGGGUACAUUUGGGAAACUUGUGAGGGACACCUGGUUGACCUCAUGCUCAAUGGCAUGUACCUCACUCAUUCCUGAAUGUAUCCAUCUGAAAUUUUGGUAAAAUACUGUUGCCUACCUAUGUUCUCAUUUGAAAUGAUCCCCAGUAUCAUAACUGAAUGUUUGGCCUUUCUUGUUGAUUUUUAAAGAUGCAACAUCAGUAAAAGAACAAAAAACGUC